AUGGAAAGAAUAGAAUUAGAUGAAGCAAGGCUACAAGGGCAAGCAGAGAUAUGGUGUUACAUGUUCAGCUUUGCAGAUUCUACGGCGCUUAAGUCUGCCAUGGAGCUCCGCAUAGCUGACAUAAUAUACUCUUAUGGUGGCACUGCCACUUCGUCGCAAAUAGCUUCAUGCAUUAAUGACAGCCUUACUUCGCCAGAUAUCACCACCCUUGCUCGCAUAAUGAGAUCGCUUGUUCGCAGAAAGAUUUUCACUAUCCAUCCUCCUUCAAACGGUGGAGAUCCCUUGUACAACUUAACUCACUCAUUGAGAUGGCUUCUACAUGACUCGGAGCAAACCCUAGCGCCCAUGGUACUAAUGCAAAACCAUCCAUGGCAAAUGGCUCCUUGGCACUACUUCAGUCAGUGCGUGAAAGAAGGUGGCGUUGCCUUCAAGAAAGCUCAUGGGUGUGAAAUAUGGGAUUUAGCAUCGAGGAAUCUUGACUUCAACAAGCUUUUUAAUGAUAGCAUGGCUUGUACAUCCAAGUUCGUUACCAGUGCAAUCCUGUCAGGUUACAAACAAGGAUUCAACUCCAUUGGAUCGUUGGUUGAUGUCGGAGGUGGGACUGGAGGCUUAAUAUCAGAGAUCGUCAAAGUACAUCCACCCAUCAAAGGUGUUAACUUCGAUUUGCCGCAUGUAAUCUCGACGGCACCGGGAUACAAUGGGGUCUCCCAUAUUGAUGGUGACAUGUUUCAUGCCAUCCCAAAUACCGAUGCAAUCAUUAUGAAGGUACUUACUUAA